GCAAAAAGAAACAGUUUCCACUCCCCUUGUUCCCUCCAUCGUCAACAUGGAUAAGAUUACUGAAACCUAACAACCUCCACUCAUCAAUGAAUCUCUGCAACUUCGUCUUCUUCAUCUCCCCCACAAAACCCUCACUAACCCUCACCACUCGCUCAUUCAAAUGCUCAUCAUCUCCACCAACAAGCCACCAACUCAAACUCGCUGACUCACUCCAACUCCAGACCUUAAACAUACUCGAAUGGCCAUCGGUCUGCAACCAGCUCUCCGCCUUCACUUCCACCACCAUGGGCAGUUCUGCUGCCCGAGGCGGGCAGGUUGUCAUCGGACGGAGCCCUCAGGAGAGCCGGAGGCUCCUGGACCAGACCUCUGCUGCGUUUGCGCUUCAUUUGCCGCCCGAUUUCUCUGGCAUUGAAGAUGUUUCGGAGGUCGUUGAGUCGGCGGUUUCCGGUCAGUUGCUUUCGAUACGAGAGAUUUGUGCGGUGAAGCGGACGUUAUGGUCUGCUAGGGCUUUGUUUGAAAAGUUGGAGAAGAUUGGAGAACAAUCGGAGAGGUACUAUCCUCUGCUUGAAAUUCUUCAGAAUUGCAAUUUCUUAACGGAGCUGGAGCAGAAAAUAGACUAUUGUAUAGACAGUAAGUUCUUGGUUAUACUCGACAGAGCCAGUGAAGAUUUGGAGAUUAUUAGGUUAGAAAGAAAGAGUAACAUGGAUGAUCUUGACACUCUGCUAAAAGGUAUAUCCACCAAGAUUUAUCAAGCAGGCGGUAUCGACAAACCGUUGGUAACCAAACGACGAUCACGAAUGUGUGUUGGUGUCAAAGCUUCUCAUAAGUCAUUGCUGCCAAACGGUGUUGUUUUGGACGUUAGUAGCUCUGGAGCAACGUACUUUACGGAACCCAGAGACGCGGUAGACUUGAACAACAUGGAAGUCCGACUUUCAAACGCAGAAAGGGCCGAGGAGCAAGCUAUAUUGGGAUUACUUGCAUCCGAAAUUGCACAAUCGGGUUCGGAUAUUAAGUAUUUAUUAGACAAAGUUCUAGAAGUUGAUCUUGCAAUCGCAAGAGCGGCUCAUGCUCGUUGGAUGAACGGAAAGUGUCCUGUGAUAAGUUCAGGUGGUUUCGAAAAUGACGGUUUAUCAAUAAACAUUGAAGGUAUUCAGCAUCCUUUGCUUCUUGAGACCUCUUUGGGAAGUUUGACGGGUCAUGCGACAUCAAAAUCUGGUAAUUCGAUUAUGUGGUGUGAGGAAAAUGGUGUGAUGGGUCAAUCUUUGACUUUUCCGGUUCCCAUUGACAUUAAAGUUGAACAUGAAACAAGGGUGGUUGUGAUCUCGGGACCGAACACUGGGGGUAAAACCGCUUCCAUGAAAACAUUAGGAGUUGCGUCUAUUAUGUUAAAGGCUGGCAUGUUUUUGCCCGCUAGAAAUCACCCUACGCUUCCGUGGUUUGAUUUUAUUUUGGCAGAUAUCGGAGACAGUCAGUCUCUGGAGCAAAGCCUCUCGACUUUUAGUGGCCACCUUUCACGGAUUUGCAAGAUGUUGGAAGUAACCACGAAACAAUCACUCAUUCUCAUCGAUGAAAUCGGCAGUGGGACUGACCCGUCAGAAGGCGUGGCACUUUCUACCAGUAUACUAGAGUAUCUUAAAGAUAAAGUCAACUUAGCAGUGAUAACUACACAUUAUGCAGAUUUAUCUCUUUUAAAAAAGAAGGAUUCUCAAUACGAGAAUGCGGCAAUGGAGUUUUCGUUGCAGACUUUACAACCUACUUACAGGAUACUUUGGGGAAGCACGGGCGAAUCAAAUGCAUUGAAUAUUGCGAAAUCAAUAGGUUUUGAUGAAAAAGUAGUUGCGCGUGCGGAAACGUGGGUUAAAAGGUUGAUGCCAGAUAAGGCUGAGAAGCGCAGAGGCUUGCUUUAUCAGUCGUUAAUGGAAGAAAAGAAUAGAUUAGAAGUUCAGGCAAAUAGAGCUGAACGUAUAUAUUCGAAUGUUAUGGAUCUUUAUAAUGAGAUAAAGGAGGAGGCAAACGAUCUUCCUAAACGUGAGACCGCUCUCAAGGCGAAAGAAGCUCAAAAAACCCGAAAAGAAAUAAUCACCAUGAAAUCUCAGUUAGAGACAAUAGUGAAGGAAUACGAAGCAAAAAUUGCAACCGCCAGUAUUGAUCAGCUUAAUACACUUCUUAAGGAAUCCGAGUCGGCCAUUUCGUCAAUUAUCGAAGCUCAUUGUUAUACCGAAGAAUCAUCUGCCACAGAUGCGGAGGCCUCGUCCCUUUCAGUGAAACUUGGGGACCAAGUCAUCGUGAGGGAAUUAGGCAAUAAAUUAGCCACUAUAGUCGAGCCACCUGGCACUGAUGGCACUACUCUUGUUCAAUAUGGUAAAAUUAGAGUUCGAGCGAAUGUAAGCGGUAUGAGAGGUAUUCAGAGUAGUAGUGAUACAGCUCCGACACCAAAUUCACAAUCACAAAUCAAAAAGCAGGGACAGAGGAUUAAAAGCCUCAAGAAUUUAUCAGAGGUUAAGAACAGUGAAGAGAUUGUGUAUGGACCAGCGGUGCAGACAUCGAAAAACACGGUUGAUUUACGCGGUAUGCGAGUCGAGGAAGCGUCUCACAACCUUAACUUGGCUCUUAGUACAUUCAGGCCCGGUUCGGUUCUCUUUAUUAUUCAUGGGAUGGGUACUGGUGUUGUGAAGGAGUCCGUGUUACAAAUAUUAAAAAAACACCCGCGUGUUCUUAAGUUUGAACAGGAAAGUCCAACUAACUAUGGUUGUACAGUUGCUUACAUCAAAUGAAUACACAUGUACAAUUCUUGUUAA